AUGAAGACAAAAAUCAUCAUCUCUGAGCCAACGGAAGUUAUUGAUCCUCUCAUUACUGAGCUGGCAACCCGCAUCGACAACAGCAAGCGAGUCUUGGUCAUCACAGGUGCUGGUAUAUCAUGCAGUAGUGGGAUUCCAGAUUUUCGUUCUUCUGAUGGUCUCUAUGAUUUAGUAAAGAAGAAACAUCCAAAGACUAUGAUGAAGGGGCAAGAUUUAUUUGAUGCUAUGCUAUUUAGAGACAAGCGACAAACCGAAUGCUUCUAUACGUUUAUGGCCGAGUUAAAAUCAAUGAUAUCAACAGCGAUGCCCACAGCCACGCACUCGUUUAUCCGGAAUCUGCAAGAAAGAGGCAAAUUAAUGCGCUGCUAUACACAGAAUAUAGACUGUUUAGAAGACCCCAUAGACCUAUCUGUUGUUAGACUGCAUGGAUCAAUGGACAGAGUCAAAUGUACACUGUGUGCUGCAUCCUACGAUUUCACAACUGAUUAUGAAGAUCAGUUUAGAAAUGGAAAUCCACCUGUUUGUCCACAAUGUGAGACCUACGACAAUGAGCGCAUACGGUUAGGGAAGCGCCAGCUAGCAAUGGGCACGUUGAGACCCAAUAUCGUAUUAUACAACGAGGAACAUCCAGAGGGCGAAACUAUAGGAAAAUUACAGACUACAGAUUUGCGAAGGAAGCCAGAUCUGAUGAUUGUAAUGGGCACCUCUUUGAAGAUCCCUGCUCUGAAGAAGUUUAUCAAACAGGCAGCAAAAUUGAUUCAUCAUUCGUCGAAAAAUGGAAAGGUGAUAUUCAUUAAUCGAACUGCCCCUACAAAGGAAUGGGACAAAGUGUUUGAUUAUGAGGUGUUGGGCGAUACAGACGAUUGGGUCAACAUGAUUCAGCAGAAAAUACAGAAGGCCGGGGAGAACGUCAAAAUGGAGACAACAACGGCACCAGUAGAGGAUACCAAAAAAAUACCAACAAAGCGCACUGCUUCAGUUUCUCAGCUGCCACUGCCUGAAGUCUAUCACAAACGAUCGCCGAAAAGAGCAAAUACAACUUCGCCUGCUAUCAAAAGUGUCUGA